AUGAAGUUCUUCUGCUUGCUGCUCUGCUUGGCUGUGGCCAAUGCGUACUACGGUGGUCGCCAGGGUAGAGGCGGAAACUACGGGAGCGUAGGAGGAUACGGAGAUGGUUACGGUGGAGGCUAUGGUGGUUAUGGAAACCAGGGUGGAUAUGGCAGUCAUGGAAACAAGGGCGGAUACCAGGGCAAAUAUGGCAGUUAUGGAAACCAGGGUGGAUAUGGCAGUUAUGGAAACCAAGGCGGAUAUGGCAGUUAUGGUGACCAGGGUGUAUACCGGGGCAAAUAUGGAAGUUAUGAAAAACAGAGCGGAUACCAGGGCAAAUAUGGCAGUAAUGGAAACCAGGGUGGAUAUGGCAGUUAUGGAAACUAA